GGUCUAUAAAACCAGAGACGGGAGCAUUGGAAGACAGACAGAGAAGGAGAGAGAGAGAGACGCUGACGGAAGGAUUGCAGAAAGACACAGAGCAGCUGAAGAUGUCCAGCACAGUGCUGAAGGCUGAUGAUAAAGUGAAGGAUAUCCUCACAAAGGUGAGGCCUGCAGUGGAGAAGAAAUGCAGUCAGAAAGCGACUAGCUUUGAGCCGAUAGAGUAUCGUGUGUCGGAGGUGAUUGGCACCAUGUAUCUGGUCAAGGUCGAUACUGGAUUCACCCACAAUUAUCUCCACGUUGAAAUCUACGACUCGCCUUGUGGUGGUCCGUUUCUGGUCGCGCAGGCGGAAAACAACAUGAGGAACGAUCACCUGGUUCCCCUCGUCUGGAGGGAGUGAGGACACCGCACUCGCACCGACCUCGCUCUGCUUCUAACCGCCACGGAUCGCCCACCAGCGGCAACCCCUCCACCACCGCCCCCUUCUCCCACAUCCCGGCCACACCGCUCGACCGUGCUGUCGGCCUGUAACACCGGGG